AUGAGUGAGUUAAUUAGUUCGUGGUUAAAUGAAGAUAUGGAAUCACUAAAUGAUUCGUGUAGUGAUGAUAGUGAAAAUGAUGAAAAUACAAUAUCUGUAGAACGGCAUAAUGAAGAAAACUACGAGAGCGACGAACCUACCGAAAACACUAGCGAUGAAUCAGAACCUGACGAUGAAGGUGAGAAUGAAUACUACUUGGGCAAGGAUAAAAUUACCAAAUGGAAAAAAAAUCCACCUCCACGCAAUACCCGUACUGCUCAUUGCAAUAUAAUUACUCAUUUACCGGGAGUGAAACCUCAUGCGCGAAAUGCAAAAACAAUUAUAGAAUCUUGGUCACUUUUCUUUCCUGACAACGUUAUUCAAGAAAUUGUUACAUGUACUAAUAUCCAUUUGACCAAAAUUAGAAUAAAUUAUGGUAGGGAACGAGAUGUCUUGGAUACGAGUGUAGUAGAAAUACGAGCGUUGUUCGGUCUUUUGUACAUAGCUGGUAUGAUGAAAAGUAAUCAUCUAAAUUUGUCGGAUCUUUGGUCAAAUGAUGGGUUAUCGCCGGAGUAUUUUAGAGCUGUUAUGUCAAAAACGCGUUUUUAUUUAUUAUUACGAGCACUAAGGUUUGAUAAUAUAAAUACUCGCAGUGAAAGAAAAAAAUUUGAUAAAUUAGCACCUAUUCGAACUAUUUUUGAUGAAUUUGUUGAUCGCUGUAAAUUAAAUUAUACUGUCGGGGAAUAUUGUACCAUUGACGAGAUGCUUGAAGGUUUCAGAGGGAAAUGUAGUUUUCGGCAAUAUAUCCCUAACAAGCCCAACAAGUAUGGUACAAAAAUAUUUUCACUCGUAGAUGCUCGUUUAUUUUACACAACAAAUAUGGAGGUUUACGUAGGGAAACAACCUAAUGGUCCUUAUAAUCAAGAUAAUAGUGCAUCAAGUAUUGUCAAGAGGAUGAUUUCUCCAAUUUCCAAAACGGGUAGGAACUUGACAAUUGAUAAUUGGUUUACAUCUGUUCCAUUGGCCGUUGACCUGUUACAAAAUCAUAGAAUAACUAUGGUUGGGACAAUUAGAAAAAAUAAAAGAGAAAUACCUCCUCUUUUUUUGGACACAAAGAAACGAGAAGUGAAUAGUAGUAAAUUUGGAUAUAGUAAAGAAUGUUUAUUAGUAUCAUACGUACCAAAAAAAAAUAAAAAUGUACUGAUGUUGUCAACAAUGCACAAGCAAGGAGAUAUUGAUGUAGAAAGCGGAGAACAACGAGUCGACGUAGUUGACGAACUAAAAGCUGAAUAUUCCGUAGCAAGGAUUAGUUGUAGAUGGCCUCUUACCAUAUUUUUUUCUCUUAUGAAUAUAGCUGGUAUAAAUAGCCAAAUUAUUUAUAAAGCCAACACUGAUACUACUAUAAGUAGACGUCAAUUUUUAAAAUCUCUUGGGCAAGAUCUAUGUAAACCAUUUAUGGAACAACGACUGAAUUGUAAAAAUUUGUCUUUUGAUCUUCGAAAACAAAUAAAUCGUUUCACCGGUCAAAUCUCCACACCAACUCAAGAGGACCCAAGACCUACAGAAAGAGUUAAAUGUGCUUACUGUCCUGCAAGGAAAAAUCGCUAUACCGUGGUAAAAUGUGCAAGGUGCUCUGGGCCAUUAUGUAAAGAACACACAUUAGCCCUAUGCAAUUUGUGCAACGGAAACCACAGAGAUUUAGAUGAUUAG